AUGUCCCGACCAAGUAUUUUGCCAUUAGUACGAUCUUCAAAUGAUUCAAUUCAGAAUUUUCAAUCUCAAUCGAAAUCAAAUGCAUGGGAUAUAUCGCAGAAUAUUAAAUCAGAAUCACAAAGAACAUUUGAGUGUUCAAACUGGAGAGCAUGUUUCAUCGGAUUAAUUCUAGCGCUCUUAAUAUCAGGUAUUGGUUUAGCCGUAAUUGUAACAAUAUGGCAAAAUUCAAGUACAACUGCUACCACAACAGUAGCAUUCACUGACAUCAUAUAUUCUCAAAACUUUACCAGUGGUGUUGCUUCAACAGCACAGUGUCCACCUUGGACAAGUUUUGUAGCUCAAUUAACAAAUCGAUCUUAUACAUUAUUAAGAAUGUAUGGUACUUUUGAUCCAGUUGGUAUAUCGACAAAUAAUUCAACUAUUAUAGAAAAUAUUGCUCUAGCUUUAAGAACGUCAACAGCAUACGGACCAGUUACAUCAAAUUCUCAUUCAUGGGUUGUUGGUUUAUGUGGAGAUGGAUACGAAUUAAGUGCAAAUGGUUCGACAUGUCAAUGUACAAAUCCUGGUUAUAUUCUACGACCAUGUAUUAAUCAUCAAGAUUAUGGCGGAAUAAAUAGUACGACUUGUGCUGGCCCAACUCAAACAAUGACUUUAAUAUUUCGAUAUUAA